UUGAAAGUAUUAUUGGUCACUUUAAUUAUUGCUCAUGUCCAUACUGGUUACUGUUUUACCCCACAUGUUGUUUUCUCACUGAGUCAUGGUGGAGUGAAAGUAACACAAAGAUCAUCAACAUCUUGUAGUCAACAGUUGGAAAAUCCUUGGUUUGUCUGACUCAAGAUCACUGAAGGCUCAAAAUAGCUCUAGAUGAGCUUCAGAAUGAAUUCACAUGAAUGAGGACUGUGGCUCUUGUUCCUCUUACCUAGGAAUUUGCAUUAGACCAUGACGUCCUCAGGGCCAGUGUGAAAAGGAGGAACAACUAUAGAAAGUAUAAAUGCUUUCAGUUUACAAAUGAGCACGUGAGUAUUGCAUUGACAGACUAAAACAAAAAAGUGAAGUAUCACUGUAUAACCACUGUGUAGUGCUAAUGCCUCAGCACUGUACUCUCACUUCUCUCUAAUAUUACUUAAGGUAUUUCAGGGGCUUCCCAUCUUCUCUGUACUUUUAAACUAAGAACAAAAAGGGAAAUGGAGGUCUGACAAUUUCCUUAUGUUGUAAAUUUCCAGUGUAAAUUAUUUGUGAAGUUGCUGUGUGUGGUAUUUCUACACAUGGCUAUUGCAUUAUGAACUUAAAAGGCAAUUAAAGAUGUAUAAAAUCUCCUAAUUAUCUGAUUCUCAUCUGUUAUUAAGAUGAAUUAUUAGUAAAGGCCAUAGAUCAUUCAUUCAUUCAUUUGAGCCAUAGAUGUUGUCAGUGUGAUAAAAGAUAUGCUUGAUCUGUGGUUUCAGAGCUUUUUGGAAUAAAAGUUUGUCAUAUGAAUGGGUAAUUAAAAAGAAUUGCAUCAUAUCUAAAUACCUCCUGCUGAGGCUCUUCUGUAAUACAAGUUUUUACCACAGCGUUGUGAGUGCAGACCAGAGUUUCUACUCCGCUGUGAGAUGUUUAGGGGCUGUGAUGUUGUGUAUGUGUCAGCAGUCUGGACUCAGGGAACAGCAAAAAUACAAUGCAAGCACCUUUUCAACCCCCUCCCCUGUAAAAACUAAACUGUGGGCUUAAACCCACAAAAGGUGGCUUACCACUGAUGGAGGGAGUCAUGAGAAGGACAUAAUACUCAUGACAAUAGAGAUGCACCAACUGGCAAACUAAUAAACUGAUAGGUUCAGAACAACAGGAUCAACUCUAUAUUUUGAGGGAAAUAGUGAUAUUUUCUCCAGGUACAGCCACCGCUGUCCAUCAUAUGACAGUGGUAGACAAGGUUCAAUGUGUUUUCCCUGACUGGAAGGUGAAAAAACAUCCAAACAUCAGGCUGCUGUGAGAUUAGUACAAGAAAUCAUACUGAGUAUCUGUAAAAAACAGACAACUUCAAAACUGACCAACAUCCUCUGAGGCAUAAAAAGGUAUGCAAAUUAUAUUUGUAAAUUCUCUUGAUUGACAUCCCAGUGCAGCUCUCUGGAGCAUCUAUGGCACAGAGGCAAAAUAUAUAUAGGUGUGUAUAGCCAAUCUGUCCCAUGGAAAAUGGAACUCACAGAUUCAACAGUGGCAGUUAGACAAACAGAUCAUAGAAACCAGCAGAAACUGUUACUGCCAGCAUUUUGUUUCCAUGCAUGAAAAGGAGAAAAGCAGUGAGCUCAGCAUAAUCCUUUCAGAGGGCUGCGGUCGUCCCUCUGGCUGCCCUGGUCAGCAUGAUGCUCCAGUGCAGAAGCUCAAUGCCAGGCCCUGCUCUCCCCCUCUUCCUCUCCAACCGUGGAUUUUCCACCGCUUUAUCCGACCUGAGCCUCCAAACCCAUCCAGCACACACAAUGUAAAACUCUAGCCUAAUCAGUUCUGCUGCCACCAACCUAAUUCGUACCAAUCCAGAGCACAAGUGGAGAAAUUGAGAAAUUGCUCGCGCUUUGGCGAUCACAGCUUUGAUCAGAGUGAAUGUGAACUGUUGAUUGCACAUUUCAGUGGAGACAAUAGAAGGACAAUAAUGGAAAAUAAGUGACAGGUUAAGGUUGUAAUCACAUUUACACUGUGCGUGUAAAAAUAGCCAAAUUAUUAGAAAAAAAGCUAAAACCACCAGUGUACCCCACUUUCUACCAGCUCACAGGUGCUGCCCACCACAUGUCCACCGUGUUUCUAUUUUCCGGUUUGAAAGUCAGCGUAGUUUUACAAGGUUUCCAGUUUUCAAUCAGUGAUGUUAUGAGUGGAAUUUCCUACCACUUUCUUGGUAUUAGUGCUUCAACCAGGCUGUUGUUUGUUGUUUUCAGGGACUGGAUCUCCACCUCCUCCAGUUACAGCAGAGAUCUAGCUGAAUGCCUGAGAAGCUGGAAAACCUCCAGUGUAUUGCCACACCAACCCAAUUUUUGUUUACGUCUCUGCUGUGCCCUGACCACAUGAGGCCCACCACAAAGUCCUAAUUUCAAAAGCACCCAUUACACUAACUAAGUGUCGUAUUUUGAGAGCUUUCUUACGUGUAUGAGCCUGUCCAGAUUCAGAGGGAUUUCUAAGUUGAGCGGACAAGAGCAAGGUCAGGGCAGGAGAAGGGUUAAACGAUUUUGUUUUGAUUCAUAGUAUUGUGCGCUGGCCCCUCCCCCUGGAUCAGCGGGACUACUCUGGCCCUGGGGUGUUAUAAAAAGGCCUCCGAGCUCCCCCUGCUCUGGUAAAGAGGCUGAAUGUCUGCAGGACAUGCUUAACGUUUGUCUAUCCAUGUUCUUCUACUAACAACCAGCGGGGUUGGCACAUAGAUGCACAGAGACUGGCGUAUUGCUCCACUCAGGAGCUCUCUAUGACAGAAACCAGAAUUCAGUAGGCAGAGCAGGAGAUUACUCACAGUUACAUGAGAGUUACAUGUUGAGCAGUUUACGUGUUGUUGCAUUUAGCUUUAGAGAGGCAGUUUCUGUUUGAGGGCAAAUUUUUGUCAUUUGCCUUUUGUUUUUGGUCUCAAAUAGUCUUAAUUGUGGAGAAGCAGCAUCUCCUGUUAGCUGAUUAGUUUGUUUUUUUCUUUUGACUUUUCAUCCCUCCAUUGCUUAGAGGUUGUUUUUUGACCUUUUGACACCAUGUGGGAGUUCAGGUCCAUGUCCUUCUGGCGGGCGGUUUUCGCCGAGUUCUAUGGCACCAUGUUCUUUGUAUUCUUUGGGCUGGGGGCAGCCCUCCGCUGGACCACUGGGCCCCAUAAUGUCCUCCAUGUUGCCUUUUGCUUCGGGCUGGCGGCUGCCACCCUCAUCCAGUCCAUCGGCCACAUCAGCGGAGGUCACAUCAACCCAGCCGUUACCUUUGCUUACCUGAUCGGCUCCCAGAUGUCCCUGUUCCGUGCUUUCUUCUACAUCAUAGCCCAGUGUCUCGGAGCAAUGGCUGGCGCUGCCGUGCUCUAUGGGGUCACACCUGGCAACAUGAGGGGAAACCUGGCACUCAACACGCUGCAGCCUGGCAUCAGCCUGGGCAUGGCCACCACCAUGGAGGUCUUCCUCACCCUGCAGCUUGUUGUCUGCAUCUUCGCCGUGACUGAUGAGAGGCGCAAUGGACGCAUGGGCUCUGCUGCCCUUUCCAUCGGCUUCUCUGUGCUCAUGGGGCAUCUUCUUGGGAUGUACUACACUGGAGCAGGAAUGAACCCAGCAAGGUCCUUCGCCCCUGCUGUCCUGGUCAGGAAUUUUGUCAACCACUGGGUGUACUGGGUGGGUCCCAUGAUUGGCGGCGCCAUGGGUGCUCUGCUGUAUGACUUUAUGCUGUUCCCCCGUAUGCGCGGCCUCUCCGAGAGGCUCGCCACACUGAAGGGCACCCGGCCCCCAGAGGCCGAGGGCCAGCAGGAGACCAGGGGAGAGCCCAUUGAGCUCAAGACACAGGCCCUAUAAGCCUGGAGUGGAAGAUUGGCUUUCUGACUUCCCCCAUCCCUUCACCUGUCACGCCUCACACUGCACCCUCAGUUCCCGGUCCAUCCUCAGCCCGCUCAGUGUUUCUGCACACAUACCCCCCCCCACCUCCACACACACUAUAGCACAGAUCCUGAACUCCUUGUUGUGUAUCCAGAACUGGACCUACUGAAUUACAGCGAAGGGGCACCCACAGCCCUGACCAUCUCUCCUGAUUUCACAUCUACCCAUCCUUCCUCCUCCUCCGCCUCCCCCUUGGACUGCAGGACAACGAUGGAGGGUUAGAAGAAGACUUGCCACUGAAGGAAGCACCCUGUGCCCUGUGGUGUGGGGAAUCAGUCACUCCUGGCUGACCUGGUGGCUAUAACUGCUCAGGACAGGGGCCUCUCUCUCUCUGUCUUUCCUUCCCUUUCUCUCUCUUUCUGUUUUUCUCCCUAUUUUGUAGUCUGCUAGGAGUGAAGCUACAGUAGAGCAGUGGACUUCUGCAUGCUUUUCCAUUUUGAUCCAGUGUGAUCUCGCCCUUCGUUUCGUUUCGUUUCAUGAAGUUUUGGUAAAUUACAUGUACGUACUGUACUUUACCAGUAUUUAUUAGGCUCACUUUUUUCUCUUUUUUUUUUUAGUUGUAUGCAUGUGUGUGUGAGAGAGAGACAGAGCGUGAGUGUGCAUGCAUGUCUAUAUGCAUGUGUAUGCUUGUGUGCUUGUUUUAAUUGAUCAUUUAUUUUUCACUUUUCAUUGCCACAAUCCUUUUGUCUGUAUCAAGAUUAUCUUUUUUUUUUUUUUUAAUUUAUCAUGCAAACUUAUUUUAGGGAAAGAUGCUGCCUUUUUCACACCCUCACUAAUACUGCAAAAGUUUAAUUCAGAAGUUCACCAUGUUUAGAGUGAUCCUCAUUUUAUAUCAGAUGAAACUCAUUUAUGCCUUCAAGUCAAAUCUUUAAGCCAAAUUCAUCCAGUUUAGAGUUUGUGUCUCAUCUGAAGCACACAUACAUUCAUAUUUAUAUUGAAAUAAACACAAAACACUAAACCAUCUGGUCUUUUCUGAGCUCAGUCUUCAAUGAAGUUACAAUUACAAACACUUGAAGUGGUAACUGCCACCAAAUCUGUUACCUAUUGCUUUAUAAGUGGGAAAUCUACUACAUUUAGACAACUUAUACAGUAUUUGUGUUGGGUUACAUUUUAAAUGACUUUCUGACAUGAUUUUGUCAUUGAAGCUUUAGAGCAGCACUUACCACUGAUUCAUGUACAGGUGUGUGAUAGUUGGUUUGCUUUUUAUUUUUGCGUGUCUGCCAUGGAAAAACAAAGAGAGCAAACCUGACGAGCUGUCAAUGAGGAGCAAGUGUUUUCUAGUUGAUUUGUGUUGUUUGGCAUGACUGAAGGGUCUUUGUUACAUCAACUCGAGGUUAGAAAUGAAAGAGUGCAUGAGGUGUGGUGGCUUCUUGCUGGUGUUGGCAAACACCUGGUGCCUUCUCUUUUCUACGCUGAGCUAGGUGGCUCUUUAGGAGUGAAAAUAGUUUCAUUGGCCAAGCCCCUCUCUGAUAUUUGGGAGAAGAGAGAAGGUCACCGCGAGGCGACUGAAAACUUUAGCGUGUUUGUAUAGGGUGAUAAACGUACACCUUUAUUUUCAUACAGUCUACGAGAGCGAAUGAACUUUGAAGUUGAAGCUCUGCAUUGGCCUGGUGUCCCCUCUCUCUUCCAUCCCUCCUUCAUUCACCCUACCUCCUCCCUUUGUUUAUGAGGCAGCCAUCUUGUUCUGCUCUAAUGAGGGGACAUCUAAAGCUGCUGGGAUGGAGGGAAGGGGACGGGGGCACUGAGAUAAUUUAGCAUUUUGACAAAUUUCACCAGAGCAGUUACUGAACCAGACAUGUAAGCUGAUUCUCUUUCUGCUUUCUCUACAUAACCUUUUUUUUUUCUUCAGUGUGAUUUCCCUGGCAGUGGUUGAGUAGAUUUUACAUUUUAGUGGCAUGUUGAAAUUAGAAUUUGUGUUCUAAUGGAAAAGCUUUGUGAUGUACAGUGUAAAGUUUUCUUUUUUUAAAAAAAACAUUUCAUGAUUGUUGAAACUGGAUGAAUAGGAAAUAUAAUAUCCUAGUUAUGCAAUGUCUCCUCUUUGGCUGAUGGAUUAUGGAAGUGAUGCCAAUUAUGUUAUACACCAAUAUGCUUUCAUUUAAUGGACAGCCUUUAUGGUACCAGGCAUACCUUCCCGAUCUCAAUGCCACUGAUUUAUUAUUUUUAUAUGUCAAAAAAAUCCAAAAAUUCUUAUGUUUUCAAUCCUUUUUUGUCUGUUUUUCUUUUAGACCCAUUGUAGAAAAAUAUGGAAUUUAAGCAGAUGGUUCCACACAGGAGAGACCUACAUUUGCACAUACCAAAGAAGCACACCUUAGAUAUACGCAACAGUUAUUACAUAUAACAUAUUCACACCUGAGAACUAACCCCUGUAAACAUUUACAUAAACAUUUGCUGGUCAGAUUAGGUUAUUUUUGUGAUAAUACAGGGGCAGUGAAAGUUGUGAUUCAUCUGUCUGCAACUACUUCAACUACAGGACAUACUCCCCCAUGUACAUUGUUCAAAAAAUUUGCCACAAACAGCUGUGACAUCAACUUAAGGAAGAGAACUCAUUUCUUGUAAAUACACUUUAAAAAAUAUUUUUAAUAUUUUGAGAAAAACUGAGAUUUUACUUGUCACCAUAGCUGUAAGAUUUUUUGGAUUGUAGUGGUAGUGAUUUACCCAGAAGUCGUUUCACAUGAUAUAAUAGGUUAUCUCUAGCAAACAUACGUGCUACAUGUCACUUCUUACACACUCCUAUAUUAUCACAUGCACAGCAUUGACAGACUCAGGUAGUGCAAAGCUUCUUAUAAAACCAAAUACUAGUUUAUGGGGAGGGCUGGUUUUGAUAUACGUUCAGAUUCUGUAUAAAAGCUACUAAACCCAGGAUUCAUUUAAAUUUAAAACUCCCACAAAAUGAAAGAAAUACAUCCCCUGUCAGAAUAACGAUGUUCUUUAUCCUGCAGUUUCCUGUUAACUGCAGCGAUAAUUACUUCACUUAAGGCCAGCGAUUUGAAUAUUUAAAACCAGCUCAAGCAACACAAAACAUUCAAAUAGCACAUUGACAUGUCAUGGGAGACUUCAAGCAAAUUUACUUUCAUUAACUUACGUAAAAUUACAUAUAUCUUGAGCAGUUACAUUGAAGAAUAAGGGAGAGGUGGCUUUAUUUCUCAAAAGACUGCAGACAGAUACGAAUCACAUCACAGACAACAUUUUGUGUGUAUCAGAGAAUCUAAAAUCAAAAAAUGACAACUCUACAGCAUGUAAUAUGUGAUAUUUGUGCUUAGUUACUGGGAUCUGAUACAUACUUAUAUCUGAUAUAAUGUAUAAUGUAAGCAUUGC